AUGAAAGUGAAUAAGGCUCAGGGCUACUGUUCAGGUUGCUGUGCUGUCACUGAAGAGGCGGCACUCACACAUACACGAACCAAUAUGACAUCACUGGCUGACUUGCGACGCCGAUUUGGCCGUUUGGAUGGAGAGCCUCAGAAUGACACAGGGAGUUUAAGUGUCAUUAGAAAUGAUACAAGUCCAGAGAAUAGCAGAAAUAAAGGUGACACAGGCACAAUUGAAAUCACAGAAAACCAAACAUGGCUGAACAAGAUCGAGUUCCAGGGUAACCGUGCUGAAGAUUGGCUGGAGUACAUUCGUUAUGUCAGCCAGAAUACUGAUUUUCCAAAUGAGGUCAAGAAGCACAACUACCUUUGUGGCAUGUAUGAGAGAGCUUUCAAGGUUAUUGAUGUUGUAAGCAAUAAGAGGAAUGAAGCUUAUGCCCAGCUUUUCAUGGAAUGUGCCAAAUUAAAAAGUGUGUUCUGCCCAGAAGAUGCCAUUCAGAUGAUGAAUCAAGCCCGAUCCAUUGUCCGUAGGUUUGCUAUGGUCCAUGUGAUGGCUGCAGAGUUUGAAUAUAAACAAGGUGAUGUCACCAAAGCCAGGAAAAUUUUGGAGAAAGCCUUGUUAUUUGGAGCAGAGCCAUCUAGCAUGGUAGAAGGUGCUCUGGAGCGUUUGAAUGAGGGGCAUGGCAGUCUACAGGGGGAGCCUGUCCAGUCAAAGCCCAAUCAAUCAGAAUCUCGACCACCUGCACACCCUCCUCCUCGGUCCAAGGAACCUGCUCGGAUCAGGAAGAUUAACCUGCCGUUUAGAGAAGUGGAAGUAGAUUUGGAUGGGGACAAAGAAAACAACACUGGCCUUCCUCAUGACCAUCGCACUCAGGACACAAACACUGUCCUUCCACACGACCACAGAUCCCAGGAUACUCACACCAACUAUGCUCUUGGCUCAAUAUCAAUGACCCACUCCUCUGGCUACUGCUCAAUGAUGGAUGUCAGUAUUCCCACAGAAACCAAAAUGUCUCCCCCUCAGUCAGAGAUUUACAAGACUCCCAACCCUUGUGAGGAACAACCGAAACACAAGUCCCCUAUAAAGCCUAUGCAGACAGAAGAUGUUCCAAUCCCAGAGGCUGUGUCAGUCCGUCGACCACUGCAAGUGUUGAAGGGUCCUUCAAAGCCCAUGGACUGGCAGUCAGCUUCCAUACCAAAGAUGAAUCUGGCACAGAUGUGUUGUGAUCAAGACAAUUCUAAUUCUAGCCAACCACCUGAACCUCAGGAAAAACAUAAUAACUUUCCAAAGUCAUUUUCUUCAUCAAAUGUUUCUGUGUCAACGGAACACAGUCGUGUUCCAAUUACUAAGUCAAAAUCAGUGUCAUCAAGUCAGCUUCCUGGGAGGGAACCCCACCUGAAAUCUACAGUGAAGGAACCUCCCCAUAGCUCUGGAGUGGAAGAACCCAAAAAUAAUGUGAUGGCUAGACUGGAAGAACAUCCACAGCAGAGAUCACCACGAUCCCAUGCUGAUAGCAGAGUUCCCCCGUUGCCCUCAGUUCCCCCUAAAGGAAUGGCCAUGAUGGGACCAACACCAGUCAAACAAAACACAAGGCAGCUAACAAAUCACCAGAUGGUAACUCCUUGUAUGAAGGGCAUCCCACCUCCUGCUGUACCUAGCACACCUAGUCUGAUGAUGAAGGACAUUACAGUGAAUGGUAAACAGUACUGGGUCCUGAAGUUGGUCGGACGAGGAGGUUCAAGCAAGGUAUACAAGGUUCUAGACAGUAACCUUGAAAACCGUGCGAUCAAGGUGGUUGAUCUAGCAGAUGCUAACGAGCAGAUUCUUGAAGGUUACAGGAAUGAAAUACACUUACUAGAACGUCUUCAGUACUGUUCCAAGGUCAUUAAGAUGUAUGACUAUGAAUAUGAUGAAGACAACAGCAAGCUAUACAUUGUAAUGGAACACGGGACUGUGGACUUUGCCAUCUUCAUAAAAAAUAGACUGAAAGAGGAAGGACUCCUGUCACCAAAUACCAUCAAAUUUUAUUGGGAGGACAUGCUGCAAGCUGUGGGAGCUCUCCAUAAACAGGGCAUCAUUCAUUCCGAUUUGAAGCCAUCCAACUUUCUUGUGAUUGAUGGUACACUGCGCCUGAUUGACUUUGGAAUUGCCAAGUCAAUCCAGUGUGACAAGACAAGUGUGAUGGUGGAUACACAGGUCGGCACUCUCAACUACAUGUCGCCAGAGAGUAUCGUGGACUCCUGUGGAGGCGAAGGUGGAGGUCGUUCUAAACCCACCUACAAACUUGGUGUGAAAAGUGACAUAUGGAGCCUUGGUUGUAUCCUGUACUAUAUGGUGUAUGGCCACACCCCCUUCCAGAAAAUAACAAAUACAUUCGUGAAACUCAAGGCUAUCAUCAAUCCAGACUACCCAAUAGAAUUUAAGGACAUUUCUGACAAAAAUUUACUGGACACAAUACAGAAAUGUCUGCUUCGGGAACCAAGAGAACGUGCCAGUAUAGAGGACUUGUUAGCACACCCUUACAUCACAAACCUGGAGAGAGUGGACCAGGAAGCUGUACCCAAACUAGACUGUAAAGAUGAUCAUCUAGAGCGCCUUGUUAAACAGCUCUCCACAAAGUUUGCCUCAUCACCCUCCGGCAUUCGUUCCAUGGUACAGAGUGCUAUGAUGAAGGACUCGACGUGAAGUAAACUGCAUUUGUGAGAUGAUUCCUUUGAUGUUCAGCAUUCAUGACUUAAAUUCUGCCAACACAGAAGACUGAAGAGGAUUAAUUGUGAUAUUUUGUUUCGUGGAUUUGAUGUAGAUGAUGUAAAUCAUGAUGUUAUGUUAGUAAUUGUCAUCCAACAAAAAUUCUCCAUGUUUAUAUUUGUUUAGACCACUUGUGUUCAAUAUAUGUACAUUGUACUUACUUCAUUAGAUAUAUAAGCGGAUUUAUGGGAAGUCAAUUGUUACUGAUAAUAUUUUCCCAAUUUCAGUCAAUCAAAGAACAAACUGCUGCUUUCAAGCAAUGGCAGAUAAGGCCCUGUAAAUUUCCCUAUGUUUGAUAACAAUCUUGUCAUUACAACUCAUAUUAACACUUAAAUGGUUUUUUUUUACACAUCAGUGACAAUUGCCUAGAUGAUCAGAAAUCAAGCGCUUUAGCAAGAGGCUGGCAUUGUGAUGAAUGCUUUAUUAUAUAUUUUUAAUUUAGGUUCCACUGAACUGAAACAUUUUUAGUGUGCAAUUCAAGACAUUGCAAGAAGCCUGGUAAAUUUAUUGUUUUGAGUUGACGUAUUUAAUUGGUAAACAUUUUUUAUAUCAUGUAUAUUCCAAUCUACUGAGUGUGU